GAAACCCCCACUCGAUCUCUCUCUAUAUAAGAGAGGAGUCGGUCGCCCUCCCUCUCACCAAAGCGAUACAAGUGCUAAGACCCCAAUCAUGUCGUCGUCCCUCUCAUUUCUUGCAACCACAGCCUCUCCCUUCCAUCACCACCAUUCCCGCCACCCUCAAAAAGCUGCUCGAGCACCCACUCACUUUUCUCCCUCAGCCUCUGGUGCUGGUACUAAUGCUACUAAUGCUAGUGGACAUGAUAAUGGUGGCGACAAAGAAUCCAUUCUGAGGUUGGACAGAAGAAAUGUUCUCCUUGGAACGUUGGGAGGUCUGUAUGGUACUGCCGCCCUCGGAUGUGAGAAUACAGCCGUCGCUUCUCCGAUUGAACCACCGGACCUAUCCAAGUGCCAUACCGCCCACGCUGGAGAAGGCGCGGAGAAUGUCCAGUGCUGCCCGCCUUACAAAGACAACAGCGAGAUCGUCGAUUACAAGUUCCCGUCCUCUUCCACGCCACUGCGCAUUCGGAAACCCGCACACCUGUUGGAUGCUGAUGACCUGGCCAAGUACGAGGAAGCCUAUAGACGCAUGAGAGCUCUCGACCCAUCCGACCCUUGGAGCUUAGAACAGCAGGCCAGGGUGCACUGCCAGUACUGCGAUGGCGCGUACGACCAGGUGGGGUUCAACGUCCAGCUGCAGGUUCACUUCAGCUGGAUAUUCCUGCCGUGGCACCGCUACUACAUCCACUUCCAUGAGGCGAUCCUCGGGAAGCUGAUCGGUGAUGACACAUUUGCCCUCCCGUUCUGGAACUGGGAUUCGCCGGACGGAAUGACGAUGCCGAGCUUUUUUGUCAAUGACAAGACAUCGCCGCUCUACGACGAGAAGCGCAACCCGGAUAACCUAAAGAAGGUGCUGGACUAUCAAUACAGUCACAAAAACUAUGAGAACCCGUACACUGACGAGGAGCUGAAGGUGAAGAACCUGUAUCAGAUGAACAAGACAUUUAGGGAGUCUCUGCCGCUGCCGGAGCUGUUCUUGGGAGAUCGGGUGAGGGCAGGCGAGGAGGCCUCCAUGGGAAAGACGAUGGGGCGGAUUGAGGCGAUACAUAACGCGAUUCACCUGUUUGUGGGGAUGCCCGAGGCCCCGUACCGAGACAUGGGCAACUUCUACUCGUCGGGUUACGACCCGCUUUUCUACUGCCACCAUUCGAACGUUGACCGGAUGUGGCACAUUUACAGGCAGAAGCGAGGAAACAAGAUAGACUUCAACGAUAGCGACUGGCUCAACUCAUCGUUCAUCUUCUACGACGAGAACAAACAGCUGGUGAAAGUCAAGGUGGAAGACUGUCUCAAUCCGCAGAAACUCCGGUACACCUACCAAGACGUGGAACUUCCAUGGGCUGAUAGCAGCGUCAAGAAAAAGCUGAAGGCCAAGGCCAAACCCAGAUCCAGAGUCUCGUUGGUCCAGGUAUCUGAGUUCGGACCCGACCCGAGACCCUUGGAUUCGACCAUCCGGACCCUUGUGCAGAGGCCCAAGAAGUCCCGAACCAAGAGCGAGAAAGAGGAUGAGGUGGAGGUCCUCGUGAUCGACGGCAUAGAGGUCCCCGACAACGGUCCUGUCACGUUUGAGGUGUACGUGGCAGCGCCUUAUGGAGGGGAUUUUGUGGGAUCUGACCUAGGAGAGUCUGCAGGGAGCUUUGUGAAGCUGCCCCAUUUCCACAUUCGUAAAAGGGAAGAUGCACAGACAAAGAAAUUUAGCCUGAAGUUGGGGAUAUCCAGCUUGUUGGAAGAUAUUGAUGCUGAAGGCUCAGAGAAGGUGGUCGUGAGCUUGGUCCCAAAAGUGGGGGAAGUCACUAUUGGUGGGGUCCACAUCGAUCUUAUCAAGACCGAUUGGACGGCUUAGAUAAGAGAACUUGCGACCGUAGCGGCAGUGGGGUCCACCAUCUCACCCCCACUUCCCUUUGAUUGCUAUAAUUAUUAUAAGAUUAAGCUUACGUUAGUAAUAAAGAGUUUGAUUGAAAGGUUCGAAGACUCAAUGAAUCGGAAUGAUUCGGUCCUGAGUCGAGUUGCGAGUUGGCCAAGCGUCAGGAGCAGUCGCCCUUAAUAUUCAAUCACGAACAGUAGCACUGAACAGGAUCGAACUUGAGGGAGUUCAAUCUGAUUCAGACAAGUCGACAAUCCACGGUUGAUAUUACUCCGGUUUCUUAAGGUCGCGUAUAGUGUGUAUGUGUAGGAGUUUAUGGGACCAUAUGGAUGCCCUGCCUACAGUAAGAUAUGUUGUCUACGUUUACGAAUAAUAAAUAUUAGAUGAGCCUGUGUGGUGCGUGUUUCUCCUUCAA